CUUUACACCGUCCGGAUAUGUAACUCGAUAAACACAGGUACACACAUGUCGCCUACUCGCUUUAUACAUAAGUACUAGGGAGGUAGGUUCAUCGAGCUCCAUCCUCCCCGCUCUGCUGCAAACAACAACAACUACCGGAAGUGCAUACUCGGAUUAUUAUCAACUUCCGGUUCCAUCAUGUCUUUUUUGGAUUACAUUGAACAUGGCGUAUUCACUGCAGUCGUUGCUGUCUUGCUUAGUAUCUACUUCCGGAAGGGACCAAAGGAGUUCUUCCGGGUUCUAGUUGUAACAUUGAAACAGCUGCCCGGUGUUGACUUUAUUAUUGGUAAAAUUCUGCAGAAUGAGGUCAAAAGUUUCCUUAGCACGACGAAACUCAACGAAGCCAAAAAGACGUCGAAGACAGGAUCGAGAGUACGUCUACCACAGAAAGGGGUACCGCACACCGAACUGCUGUCGACCAUGAAGAAGAUGAAGGAUUUGGAGACGCGGUCUGACGACGGGAAGAUCUUCGCCUACAUCUACACUCUCUCCGAUGACCACUUUCAACUACAACGGGAGGCUUUCGACCUUUUCAGUGAGAAGAUCGGACAUUCUGUGGACCACGACGCUCUCGUGAAGGAAUUUCAUCACGGGUUUUUACACGAGAACGCCCUUAACCCCAUGUUGUUCCCAAGUCUAAGAAAGAUGGAAACGGAAGUUGUUAGCAUGACGGCAGCCAUUUUAAAUGGAGAUGAUGACGUGUUGGGAUUCUUGACUUCCGGUGGGACAGAGAGUAAUGUAAUGGCGGUCAAGACCUUCCGAGACAGAGCAAAAAAACUUUUUCCGCACAUCACGGAGCCGGAAAUAGUAGCGCCUAGAACAAUACAUCCGACCAUUGACAAGGCAGCGCAAUAUUUUGGUAUGAAGGUCAUCCAUACCCCUAUUGGUCCCGACUUCCGAGCAGACGUCAAGGCCAUGGAAAAGGCGAUCGGCCCCAACACCGUCAUGCUAACCGCAUCGGCUCCCCAGUUUUGCCACGGAAUCCUUGACCCUAUUGAAGAAAUUGCUGCCCUUGCGCAUCGACGAGGGCUACCCCUUCACGUGGACGCAUGCUUUGGAGGUUACAUGUUGCCAUGGGUAGAGAAGCUAGGUUAUCCAGUUCCGAAGUUUGAUUUCCGAAAUCCGGGGGUGACAUCGAUGUCGGCGGAUAUCCACAAGUACGGAUACAGCGUAAAGGGUUCCAGCGUCAUACUCUACCGGAAUGCUGAAAUCCGCAAGUACCAAAUAUUUUCCUACGCGGAAUGGCCAGGCGGUCUGUACGGAAGUCCGAGUAUGGCGGGAACGAGGCCAGGUGGGAACAUCGCCGCAGCAUGGGCUUCUAUGAUGGCUUUGGGUGUGGACGGCUACAUGGAGCGGGCCAGGGAACUCAUGGCAACCACCGACAAACUCAAACAGGGCGUCGCUAAGAUACAGGGCUUAUAUGUGCUGGGGGAACCGGUUAUGACGUGUUUCUCAGUCGGAUCGAGUGACCCGGAUGUUGACAUUCAGGCAGUAGCGGAUGAUAUGGGCAAGAAAGGUUGGCACAUGGAAAGACAACAGAACCCUAGCUGUCUACAUUGUUCUAUUCUUCCUCAUCACGUGAGAGUCUCGGAUUCUCUGUUGAAAGACCUCGAGGAUUCAACGCAGGAGGUCAAGAAAAACAAGUCUCUUGCCAAGGAGGGGACAGCCGCCAUGUACGGAAUGAUCGCCACCAUACCAGACAAAGCGAUAGUACAGGAUUUCCUGGUAGAGUUCUUCAGUGAGGUCUAUAAAUAGAUAUGAUGUUAUUCACAAUCAGAGUGUUCAGUGAGAUCUCUGACGUAAUCGACAGCCAGUUUGAUCAACGAAUUCUAUUUAUAGCUCUGACGUCAUCCAUAGCCAGGUGGUUCAACGAGGUCCAUGAAUAAAAUGACGAUUAAACGUAAUUACAGAACAUAAAAAUAUUUAUCAAUAUCCCGAAAUACAUUGGUGUGCUGCUUCAAAUAUUAAAAGUAAAACAAUAAAAACCAUUUUCGAGAAAACAAUUCUGAAUUGGUUACUAUAUAGAUCACAGCCUACAGGCAAGGUUAAUACAAACAAUCAACAAAUACUUCAGAUGUAUUUCCAACAACAAAGUGGUCAUCAGAUAUCUAAGCCGCAGUGCAAAGGUCCUAAUCUUUUGCUUAAAGUCAAAACUAUAAUUGAAAAACUUAUUAUGAUAUCGAUAUGUAUUUUCAGUUUAGAUUGAAAAACUUUGAAGCAAUCACGGUUAUAUGAUUUAUACCUCAGCCGGAGGAAUCCAUUUUGAAAAUCGUAAUUCUUAGAACGUUGGAGUAGUAAACAUCUGUGACGUGAGAACUCCAAAAGCGAUGGAGGCAGGUAUGUUUCUACUGAGAAAAGGAAAAUGUAUAACAGAGACAUUGAAGUUGUCACAGGAAAUGUUGAGAACAGUGUAACCUCGAAAACAACACAAAUCUACUCGUUUAAGGAGGUUUAAAGAUUUUAAUCAGAGAUCAACAUAAAACAAAAUGUAUUUUGCAGACAACAGGAAAAAUAUUUUUAAAAUAGAUAUAUCAGUUUUCAUCUCUUACCAUAUGAUUAUAACUAAAACAACAAAACCUGUAAUAAAUUACUAUAUAAAUAGCCACUCUACUUUCCGUAUGUACUAGCAACGCCUUAUACUACAGUGAAAGCACACAUCAAAGUUAUUGUUUAAAUGGGACGCAGAUAAAAAAAAAAAUCAAAUACAAUCGUGUAUAGAUUAGUAGUCUUUUGAAAAUUUGAUAAGAAACAAAUUGUCCACACAUUAAUGAAAAUUAACAAUAAUUUUCAUAUAAUUAAGUUUGUAAUGUUAUUUGUAUAGGUGAUUUUAAGAAAAAAA